UGGCACCUUGUGAUCUAAUAUCCCACCGUAGGCAUUGCGCAACGUCUCGAAUCCUCCUGGACGCUCGUUAUCUGGUUGAGCUUGGGUCGGCAGUCUGGCCAAUUAGCCCAUGACCGCGUCGAGCAUCUCGUGGGGUAACUGUUGGAUUGACAUGCCGCAUUCAGCUCUCGGAAAAAGCAGCUCUCAAUAGGGGAAAACAAAAGCCAGUACCUACGUCCGCCAACGGAUUCAAUGUCUUUGCCUAAACCCUUACCGAUGGCGAAAAUACUUCAUAAUGGCCAUCAUGCUCGAGCAAAGCCACUCCGCGGUCUCAUGUUGCUUGCUCUUCUCGGCAGACUAUCCGGCGCAUACGAAUAUGAUCAAGACUUCCGCCCAUGUGUAGACGACAAAUGCUUCGCUGAGAUCCAUUCGGACGUCCCACUAUGCUGGAUGCAAGACGACAACCAGAACGUUCACUACAUGAGCCCGAUGGACGGUGGCCUUCAUAGGAUUCCCAACGCUUGUAGGAGAUCCAACAUAUUCGGCGGCGACAGAUACCUUGUCGCAUAUCCCUCCACGGGCGGCGUCGUGAUGCUCAAAACCCCGUCUGCUGUGGAUCUUCAACAUCUGGAGCUGCCAAACACGCACGACACGGCGCGGUCGGCGGACGAAGACGAUGACCUUGCCACGCGCAUGGUCCAGCUUGGCGCACAGUGGUGGCCGAACUGGGAUCUGUACUUCAGGCACUCAAACAGAAUCGAUAUUGGAAUCUUCUAUGAUUAUCAUUUCCCUUCGAAAGUCGACGUCGCGUUCCCGACAACGGGUGGCGCAUGGGUGGCCAAUUUCACGCAGGACGCACCACGACAUCAGUAUGAAGACAAGGCCUGCCAGUCAUGGCUCCCCCAUCCACCAGACCUGUGGCGCGUCAAGAUGCGAUACGCGUUGACCAUGGACGACAAGUCGGAAAUGAUCAAGGAGCUGGGCGGUACGUUCUACAUCUCCGUUGAUGAGGUCCCCGGUCUCGCAAAGACUGUUGGUGAAGCUGUUGGCUUGUUUGAGCCAUUCAAGCAGCGGCUGAACGACAUGGAGGAUAAUGCCUAUAGAGGACGAUUUUGUAGGCAUGAGAAGGAGGACACGGACACGGACACGGACACGGACACAGGAAGUGAGGAGAUCCAGAAGCCGAGAUGGGGACUAUGGUCGCUUUUCCAUGAAUUACGUUGACGCUGGUACCUCAACAUGACCAUGCUGCACUCCGCGGCGCCACAUCCGGGGGGCGUUCAGGCCAGGAGACACAUCAAUGAACGCUCAGGCACAUACAGUGAGCCUCCAGAAUAGUAAGCUGAUUUGUCACUUGUCCAUGAACAACGUCCAGGCGGCCCGAGAAUAUUGUCGCCGUUGAAGCUGGAAAUAAGAAGAAUAUAAGCCCUAGGUUAGUUUAUUUAGGUUUCAUAUGCUUGAUAUAAAGACGCAGAAUGAUUCAUACCUAUCUGUCCUGAUCAAUGGGUUCAGCGGGGAUACCUAUAUUAGAACGGACUGGAGUUGGAAGCUAUGACUACACUAUCAUCAAACGGUGGCUCACAAUAAGCUAUAACACACGGCUAU